AUACUUGAACUGCAAGAACAGCCGCCGCUCCGGCGGGCUGCUCGCUACAUCUCGGGGUGUCUUUGGCCCGCCACGCCCGGCCUUGCCUUCCUGCGCCUUUCGCAACCUCCUUGACCCUGCGUGGUCUCGAGCUGGGUGAGCAGGCGGGCGGGUAGGCUGGCCUGGGCUGCGACCGGCGGCUACGACUGUUCUUUGGCCGGGUGGGCUGGGCAGAGUGCACGCUGCUUGGCGCCGCAGGCUGAUCCCGCCGUCCACUCCCGGGAGCAGUGAUGUUGGGCAACUCCGCGCCCGGGCCUGCGACCCGCGAGGCGGGCUCGGCGCUGCUAGCAUUGCAGCAGACUGCGCUCCAAGAGGACCAGGAGAAUAUCAACCCGGAAAAGGCAGCGCCCGUCCAGCAACCGCGGACCCGAGCCGCGCUGGCGGUACUGAAGGCCGGGAACCCGCGGGGUCUAGCGCAGCAGCAGAGGCCGAAGACGCGACGGGUUGCACCCCUUAAGGAUCUUCCUGUAAAUGAUGAGCAUGUCACCGUUCCUCCUUGGAAAGCAAACAGUAAACAGCCUGCGUUCACCAUUCAUGUGGAUGAAGCAGAAAAAGAGACUCAGAAGAAGCCCGCUGAAUCUCAAAAAACGGAGCGUGAAGAUGCCCUGGCUUUUAAUUCAGCCAUUAGUUUACCUGGACCCAGAAAACCAUUGGUACCUCUUGAUUAUCCAAUGGAUGGCAGUUUUGAGUCACCACAUACUAUGGACAUGUCAAUUGUAUUAGAAGAUGAAAAGCCAGUGAGUGUUAAUGAAGUACCAGACUACCAUGAGGAUAUUCACACGUACCUUAGGGAAAUGGAGGUUAAAUGUAAACCUAAAGUGGGUUACAUGAAGAAACAGCCAGACAUCACUAACAGUAUGAGAGCUAUCCUCGUGGACUGGUUAGUUGAAGUAGGAGAAGAAUAUAAACUACAGAAUGAGACCCUGCAUUUGGCUGUGAACUACAUUGAUAGGUUCCUUUCUUCCAUGUCAGUGCUGAGAGGAAAGCUUCAGCUUGUGGGCACUGCUGCUAUGCUGUUAGCCUCAAAGUUUGAAGAAAUAUACCCCCCAGAAGUAGCAGAGUUUGUGUACAUUACAGAUGAUACCUACACCAAGAAACAAGUUCUGAGAAUGGAGCAUCUAGUUUUGAAAGUCCUUACUUUUGACUUAGCUGCUCCAACAGUAAAUCAGUUUCUUACCCAAUACUUUCUGCAUCAGCAGCCUGCAAACAGCAAAGUUGAAAGUUUAGCAAUGUUUUUGGGAGAAUUAAGUUUGAUAGAUGCUGACCCAUACCUAAAGUAUUUGCCAUCAGUUAUUGCUGGAGCCGCCUUUCAUUUAGCACUCUACACAGUCACAGGACAAAGCUGGCCUGAAUCAUUAAUACGAAAGACUGGAUAUACCCUGGAAAGUCUUAAGCCUUGUCUCAUGGACCUUCACCAGACCUACCUCAAAGCUCCACAGCAUGCACAACAGUCAAUAAGAGAAAAGUACAAAAAUUCAAAGUAUCAUGGUGUUUCUCUUCUCAACCCACCAGAGACACUAAAUCUGUAACAAUGAAAGACUGCCUUUGUUUUCUAAGAUGUAAAUCACUCGAAGUAUAUGGUGUACAGUUUUUAACUUAGGUUUUAAUUUUACAAUCAUUUCUGAAUACAGAAGUUAUGGCCAAGUACAAAUUAUGGUAUCUAUUACUUUUUAAAUGUUUUUAAUUUGUAUAUCUUUUGUAUAUGUAUCUGUCUUAGAUUAUUUGGCUAAUUUUAAGUGGUUUUGUUAAAGUAUUAAUGAUGCCAGCUGUCAGGAUAAUAAAUUGAUUUGGAAAACUUCGCAAGUCAAAUUUAACUUCUUCAGGAUUUCACUUAGAAAAGUUUACUUGGUUUCCUAUAUAAUGGGAAGUGAAAACCUUCCUCUAAAAUUAAAGUAGGUUUAGGAAAACAGACCCUCAAAUUCUAACAUUCAUUUUCCUAAGCAACUGGAUCAAUUUGCUGACGGGCAUAAUCUAAGCAUAUCUGAAUACAGACUUUUUCACUCUUUGUAAAACCUGUUUAGGUUCUGCAAACUAAACAGAGGCUGGGAGCGGAAGAGGGUGGGAAGCUUACAUGCAAAUUAACAGACGAGAAAUGCUCCAGAAGGUUUAUUAUUUUAAAGCAUAACAUUAAAAACAAAAAACUAUUUUUAAAACCCUGCUAGAUUUUAUAAUGGAUUUGUGAAUAAAAAAUACCCAGGGUUCUUAGAAUGGAAUAAAUAUCCUUUUAAUAGUUAUAUAUACAAAUAUACAACUGUUAGCUUUAAUUGGCAGCUCUCUUCUUUUUUCUUCUUUUCACUGGCUUUUUACUUGGUGCUUUUUCUUGUUUUGCACUGGUGGUCUGUGUUCUGUGAAUAAAGUAAGAAUUUACUAAGAGUAUGCUUGUUAAGUUUUGGAUUAUUGAAAUAAGAGGCAUUUCUUAGUUUUCCAAUAGGAUAUAAAAUGUGUAAGACUGGCAUCCAAAGAGUUCUAUAGAUUUUGGUCCUAAUUUUUAUAAAUCACAAGGUAAAGAAAUCACAGAACAGAUGGAUCUCUAAUGAAAAAGGGACGUCUUUUUGUUUAUAGUCAUGUGGCAAGAUGAGAGUAAAACCAGAGAACAAACCUCUAGAAGUGUUGAAUAUAUAUAUAUAUACACACAUUUGAAAUAAACCAGAAAUGUAUUACCUUA